GACGGGAGGCGCCCAUUGGCCGCGAGUGCGGACGGCCGCCGCUGAUUAGUCCGCUCGGGUCGCCGGCCCCGCCCAAGUCCCGGAGGCCGAGGGAGAAGCCGGGCGGAGUUUCCAGAGGACCGAGAGGGGCGCGCGGGGUGGCGGCGGCGCAGGUCUCCUGGCCAAGUCCCCAUUUCUGGCUGCUCAUGCCACUGGGACUGGGGCGGCGGAAGAAAGCACCACCUCUGGUGGAAAAUGAGGAAGCGGAGCCAAGCCGGAGCGGGCUGGGAGUCGGGGAGCCUGGGCCCCUGGGUGGAAGUGGAGCAGGGGAAUCCCAGAUGGGCUUGCCCCCACCUCCUGCUGCUCUCCGGCCUCGCCUGGUGUUCCACACCCAGUUGGCACACGGCAGUCCCACAGGCCGCAUCGAGGGCUUCACCAAUGUCAAGGAGCUGUAUGGCAAGAUCGCGGAGGCUUUCAGACUACCAGCUGCAGAGGUGAUGUUCUGCACCCUCAACACCCAUAAAGUGGAUAUGGACAAACUCCUGGGGGGCCAGAUCGGGUUGGAGGACUUCAUCUUUGCCCACGUCAAGGGGCAGCGCAAAGAGGUGGAAGUAUUCAAGUCUGAAGACGCUCUGGGGCUCACCAUCACCGACAACGGGGCCGGCUAUGCCUUCAUUAAGCGCAUCAAGGAAGGCAGCGUGAUUGACCACAUCCAGCUCAUCAGCGUGGGUGACAUGAUUGAAGCCAUUAACGGGCAGAGCUUGCUGGGCUGUCGACAUUACGAGGUUGCCAGGCUCCUCAAAGAGCUGCCCCGAGGCCGAACCUUCACCCUCAAACUCACAGAGCCCCGAAAAGCCUUUGAUAUGAUCAGCCAGCGCUCAGCAGGUGGCCACCCUGGCUCAGGCUCACAACUGGGCACUGGCCGAGGGACCCUUCGGCUCCGAUCCCGGGGCCCUGCCACGGUGGAGGAUCUGCCAUCGGCUUUUGAGGAAAAGGCCAUUGAGAAGGUGGAUGACCUGCUGGAGAGCUACAUGGGGAUCAGAGACACAGAACUGGCUGCCACCAUGGUGGAGUUGGGAAAAGACAAACGGAACCCAGACGAACUGGCAGAGGCCCUGGAUGAACGGCUUGGUGACUUUGCAUUCCCGGAUGAAUUCGUCUUUGAUGUCUGGGGAGCCAUCGGGGAUGCCAAGGUUGGCCGCUACUAAGACUGGAACUGAACCUGGACCUUGAGAUAGCCUGGGCUUGGCCUGGCUGAGGCUUCCAGAAGGGAAGACCUGAGUAUCCAGCUUAGGCACUAACUCAGCAGCCUGGGGAUGGCAUGGGGUGGAAGUGGCCUGUGGUCCUGGCCCCACUCCAAUCAGUGCCACCACGGUGCCCAUCCUGGUUGGGGUCCCCGGCAAACCCCUGCCAGCUUCCCCACCUACCUCAAUAGAGUAAGUGCAUGGGAGGGACCAACACUCUGGGUAGCCACCUCUGUCCCCAGCACUUUCCACCAUCAGCUAGCAAAACUGCCCCUUCUGUCUCCCUGGCCUCAGUUCUCUUCUGGAUCGUAUCCUCCCUGCUUUUCUUUUUUGCUUUGUUUUUUUUUCAAGACAGAGUCAUUCUGAUGCUCCGGCUGUCCUGGAACUCACUAUGUAGACCAGGCUGGCCUUGAACGCACAGAGAUCCACCAGCCUAUACCUUCCCAAUGCUGGGAUUAAAGGUGUGCUCCACCA